ACGAGACGCUUGCCUGCCUCUCCCAACUACGAACCGAACGAAUAGUUAUUGGAUAACAUUUCGAUUCAAGCCUCCAUCCGCCAUUUUCAGCAGAUUGAAAGCAGGUAGACAAAAAUCACAGUGCUGAUCAAAAUAAAACCGAUCCCAUGUGAGCACAGCCUGCCGAAAGUGUCCAUGUGGAGUCUUACCUGAGUGACCAUGGCUGUUCCUGGAGGGACAAUGGAAACGCUUGCUGACAUUCCACACCAUGUGUGGAAGAGCUUGCCCGAUGGCCUGAGACUAAGCCCCUCUGCUGUUGAUCAAAGUCGAAUUGGUGUCUGGGCCUCUAGGUCGAUUCCUAAAGGCAAGAGGUUCGGCCCUUUUGUAGGAGAGAAGAAAAAGCGGUCCCAGGUGUCCAGCAAUGUAUACAUGUGGGAGGUGUAUUUUCCAGCCAGGGGCUGGAUGUGUGUGGAUGCCACAGACCCCAUGAAGGGGAACUGGCAACGGUAUGUAAACUGGGCUAACUCCACUCAAGAACAGAACCUUUUCCCCAUGGAGAUAAACCGAGCCAUUUACUACAAAGUGUUACGGCCAAUUGGGCCAGGGGAUGAGCUGCUGGUGUUGUACAAUGGGGAAGACAACCCUGAGAUAACAGCUGCACUAGAGGAAGAAAGAGGCAGCAGUCUGAGCAAGAAAAAUUCACCCAGGGCAAAGCGAGCCAGAAGAAAGCUGUUGGAGGGAGCAAGACAGGCUGGUUUGGGUGCAUUCCGUGGGCCCAAGCAAACAGGCGUAACCAAACCUAUUCUCAAAGAGAUGUGGGACACAGAGGAAGGUCCAAAUGAGGAAGACGAGAGACUCUCCCAUCACCAGGGGACCCGGGAGAGCUCCCCUAUGGGGAGGAACGGCCCCUCUCAAGCCCAGUUCAUCUCAGCAGCAAUGAGAGGGGAAGCGGAGGAGGAUGAUGAAGAGGAAGACCCAGGGGAUCUGCAGCAGUCGCUGUCACUGACACAACAGAGUGUUCAGUCUGCUACUGAAGCUGAGCCAGAGGACAGGAGUGAGCAGCCUGAUCGGCCACUAAGCCAUAGCAGCCCAGUUGAGGAGGGGCCUGGGAGCCUUCAGCAUGACACUGAGACUGCCUCAUCGCUACCAAGGGCUGAACCAGAGGCAGACCCUGACCCCGACCCUGACCUGGAAGGUGACCCCCACGGAGAGGAGUCCCAUCCCUGCCAGCACUGCGAGCGCCAUUUCUCCACCAAACAGGGCCUGGAGCGCCACACACACAUCCAUGCCACCGCAAACCAGCAAACGCACACGUUCAAAUGCCGUUACUGUGGCAAGUCUUUCGGCUCGCAGGUGGGGCGUCGGCGGCAUGAGCGGAGGCAUGAGAACGGGCCAAAAAACAAAGGCCAAAGGCCUGGCUCACUAGCUGGGACUGCUACUUUACUCACUCCUCUGGGGCAGGCUGGUGGUUCGAGCCCAGACUGUGGCACUGUCUCUGGCCACUAUGUUGUCAGGGGCUCCCCUGUCCCUGGAGGACCUAUGGGGAGCCUUGAGGUUGUGAAGAAGGACCCUGCGGCUGAGAGUGACCGGCCGUUUAUCGUGGAUGAGAAUGGUGAGACAAAGGAGCUUCAUCCCUGCAAGUACUGUAAUAAGGCUUUCGGCACUCACACCAACAUGCGCAGACACCAGCGCAGAAUCCACGAGCGCCACUUACUGCCCAAGGGUGUCCGCAGGAAAGGCAUGCUGCUGCAGGAGAGCCCAUCUCAGCAGCAGCUGCAUCAUCUGCCUGAACAGUCCCCUAGCGUCAGCCCACCCCUCGUCUAUGUGCCCAGUGCAGACACUGAGGAUGAGGGGGACCGAGAGGAGUACCUGGUCGACAUAGCCAAUAACAUCUCGGAGAAUCUCAGCCUGUACAUCGACGGCAAGAUCCUGUCCACUAGUUCAGUCAGUGGCUGUGAGGUGAUCGAAGUGGACUCCAGUUCUGCAGCACUGUUUGGUCUCGAUGCAGUGGUCAUCAGCCCCAAUCAGAUCAGUCAGGCUCUCAAAGUGGAUACCAGGACAUGUGCUGUGAGGCAGGUCUCGAAUCUCGGCCAGCCCAUGUCGAAAAGGAGAACGUCGACACCCCCGCUCAUGCCAAGUCUUAAAAUGGAGUCUGAAACUGGGUCCUCUUCCGCCUCCUCUUCCUCCUCCACGUCUUCCUCAUCCACCUUGUUGGUGGGAAGUGUCUUCCCUCAGUCCUCAGACUCAUUAGCAUUUCAAAAGGAGAAAACGAUCUAUCUGUCUCCUAAGCUCAAACAGCUCCUCCAGACUCAGACAGACAGUCAGAAACCUGCCAUUGCCCUGAUAGCAGAGAGGCACAGAUUAGCUCCCCCUCUCUCCAUUACGUCUCUGCCUGCAGCCUCAGGCAGGUUCAAGAGAAGAACAGCUUCCCCCUCAUCUCCACAGCUCAGCCCUGCACUGAAAGCAAACGGCUGUAAGAAUGAGGCGGGGGUCUCGUCGUACACCCUCAAGGUGCCAAAUCUGGAGACCCUGGGCAUGUCCCCUGCCUGGAGUCUGUCCAGCAAGGAGGAGAGGGACACACUGAGUCCCAGCGGGAAGGACGGGUGCAGCUGGUCUGCCUCUCGGACCGGAGGGAACUCGUGUAAUCAGCAGCCCUUGGAUCUGUCCAGCGGCAUCAGUAAGAGGAGGGACAGCUUCAACAAGACGCCCGGGGAGGUAGUGCUGGAUUUAAGCAUGAGUCGGAAGAGUACAGCAGAGUCUAAGGGAAGUCCAUCUCCGGCACAGCCCCCCACCAAGAAGAAGAAGCCCAACACCAGCAUGCUAGAGAAGGUGUUGAUGAACGAGUAUGCCGGCUUAAACCCAGCAGAAGAGGAAGGCUCUUCUCCCCUGGGAAGCCCAGAUUCUCAGUAUACUGCAGGCAGUGGUACAGGUACCGCAUCUCACAGUCCCUCUUCCAAUCUGCCCUCUGAAUCAGCCCAUCCCUCUCCCCCCUCUCUAACGCCCGUCACGAUGAACCCCUCCUCCCCUUGCGGCUCCAGCCUGACCUCUCCAACGCCACCUCCCCCUGUCCUACCCACCAUGCCCUCACCAGACUGCCCUACGCUCAUUAGCUCUCUCCCUGUCCUCUCCCACAAAAUGUCCCCCAGAUCUAUCGACCAAGGUGAGGACGAGCCAGUUUGCGUAUCGAACUCUACCACAGCAGAGACAAUGUUAGCUGCAGUAAGUAACAGUUAUGGAGAUGAGGAACAUAUCAAUAAGCCAAUAGACUCUAAUCCAGAUCCCCUUACCAGGGAAGCUAUUUCAAGCCCCUCUACGGAGACCUCCUUGGUAUCUGAUGCUGUCGCUCUGAGUCUGUCCUCAACACAAUCGAAACCUGCUAGGACUGGGAACCAGCUGGAUGUCCAAGUGAAUCAAGACCUGGAACCGAUUAUUACUGAGGGACAGGAGAAAUCCCAAUGCUCUGAACUCCCUGUAUUAUCAUCCGUAACAGAAUCCCUCCUCUCUGCCUCAUCGACCUCGCCUGCUGCCAUAUCGGAUAUCCCAGCUCCACCAGCGGUCUCCCCGCCAUCUCUCUCUAGCACUGUGAUUAAAGGGGAUCCCCAGCACAGUGAACAACUGGCUGACUUAGUCCUUUCUCCUAGUGGCACAGGGUCUUCACCUCUGUCUGCUGCUGCUGACAAACCCUCGUCGUUGUCAGAGGAGGAAGAGGGAUCGCCGCCAGAGCCCUUCAGUAAGAGCUUUGUGUGUAAUGUAUGUGAGGACCCCUUCCGCGCCAUCAAAGAGCUCAGUCGGCACAUCCUAGAGCACGCAGCUGAGUGGCCCUACAAGUGUGAGUUCUGCGUGCAGCUGUUCGGGAACGCCCCUGCUCUGCUGGAGCACCGCACGGCCCUCCACGGCGUGGGACGCGUCUUUGUCUGCUCCGUCUGCUCCAAGGAGUUCGCCUUCCUCUGCAACCUCCAGCAGCACCAGAAGGACCUGCAUCCCAGCCAGCCGUGCACUCACACAGCGGUGGAGAACGGCAAGCCCAGGCCACAGAACUACACAGACCCAGCCAGGGCCAAAGAGGAGAGUAACCCCUCCUCAACCGUAGCCACAGGGCCUGAGUCCUCUCCUGAAGUUGCUUCCUCCCAGGGGGUCUCUGAUGUGAAGAAGGAGGAGCCUGAUACUAACGGGAAGCAUGAGGAGGAUGGACUGGAGUACCUAACUGAAGAGCUGUACACUACUAUAAAGAUCAUGGCCUCUGAGGGAGGCAAGCCUAAAGGCCCAGACGUACGCCUGGGCAUUAAUCAACACUACCCCAGUUUCAAGCCACCCCCCUUCCCCUACCACAACCGCACUGCUGCAGGCUCUGUGGCCUCGGCCACCAACUUCACUACCCACAACAUCCCCCAGACAUUCAGCACUGCCAUCCGCUGCACCAAAUGCGGCAAGAGUUUCGACAACAUGCCCGAGCUGCACAAGCACAUACUAGCCUGUGCCAACGCCAGUGAUAAGAGGCGGUACACUCCCAAGAAGAACCCCAUCCCUCUGAGACAGAUAGUGAAGCCCCAGAACGGCUCUCUGUCGCCUGCCUCUGCUGCCAAUGCAGGGCACACCGCCUUCCGCAGAAUGGGCCAACCCAAGAGGCUCAACUUCAACCAAGAACCGCUUGGCAAAACCAAGAUGAGUUCCCUCGGUAAGAAGAAGAGCCAGCUGGUUCAGAAGGCCGUCGGGCAAAGGAAUGAGACUGCAGCUACUGUUAACAAGGCCCCUAGCCAGGUUAAACAGGAGGAGCCGCAAGAGCAGGAGGUCCACGUAUGCCCUCACUGCAGCCGAGAGUUCACCUACCCUGCCAGCCUCAAUAAACAUAUAGCAGGCAGCUGUCCCAUGAAGCCAGUCUCUAAGAAGGCCAAAAAGGAAGCCGCAACAGAGGCAACACCGGCUGUAGACAAAAACAUGAGCCUUCGACGGAGAACCACAGACUCUGAGAUCCAGCAGCCAGAACCGGCUGAGCCGGUUCCCAAAACGCUUAGCAAAACUCGGGCUCGCAACUCUGGACCUGGCCCUGCGGAGGCUGAGGCCCCACCACUGGUGGGUAAAGGAAAGAUGGCUGCCACACAGGUGUGCACCAAGAGGCCAGCCUCUUUCCCAGCAGCCACAGCUUCUCUCAGCAAGAAAAGUAAAAAAGGCAAAGUUCAAUCGUUACCCCCCACCCCAUUGCCCUCCGAGAGUCCCAGUGACUCUGCACUGCGGCCAGCAGCUCAGACAAAGCAACGCAUGGGCAAGGAAGUGCCACCCAAGAAGGGAGCGGAGGUGAAAUCGCCCCCACAGCAGCAGUCUCGGGUGCCGUCUAAGAAAGAAGGGGAACGGUUCUCUCUGAGAGCGAGGGAGCGGGCUGUCGGGCCGGUGACCCGGAGCCUACAGAUGGCCAACACUGCAGCUCCUGUGGAGGUGAAAACAGAUGACCUCUCCAGCCAGGAGCCUGAAGAGACCCAGGAGUACUUGCUGAAGUGAGCCAGGUAGAGAAAUGUGGAUUCUGAGGAUUAACAAGUCCCCGGCUAGGAGGAUGUCGCUGUGCUGGCUCGCCUCUGAGGAGAAACUCUGGCCUUGCCAAGGAUCAGACAGACACCGACACACAGACACAGAGAUAGAUAGACAGACAGACACAGAGACAGACAGAUAGACAGACACAGAGACAGACAGAUAGACAGACACAGAGACAGACAGAUAGACAGACAGACAGACACAGAGACAGACACAGAGACAGACAGACAGACACAGAGACAGAGACAGACAGACAGACACAGAGACAGACACAGAGACAGACACAGAGACAGACAGACAGAGACAGACAGACAGAGACAGACAGACAGACACAGAGACAGACAGACAGACAGAGACAGACAGACAGACAGACACAGAGACAGACAGACAGACACAGAGACAGACAGACAGACACAGAGACAGACAGACACACAGAGACAGACACACAGAGACAGACACACAGAGACAGACACACAGAGACAGACACACAGAGACAGACAGACAGAGACAGACACACAGAGACAGACAGAGACAGACACACAGAGACAGACAGACAGACACACAGAGACAGACAGACAGACACACAGAGACAGACAGACAGACACACAGAGACAGACAGACAGACACACAGAGACAGACAGACAGACACACAGAGACAGACAGACAGACACACAGAGACAGACAGACAGACACACAGAGACAGACAGACAGACACACAGAGACAGACAGACACACAGAGACAGACAGACACACAGAGACAGACAGACACACAGAGACAGACAGACAGACAGACACACAGAGACAGACAGACACACAGAGACAGACAGACAGACAGACACACAGAGACAGACAGACAGACAGACACACAGAGACAGACAGACAGACAGACAGAGACACACAGACAGACAGACAGACACAGACAGACAGACAGACACAGACACACAGAGACAGACAGACACACAGAGACAGACAGACACACAGAGACAGACAGACACACACAGACAGACAGACAGACAGACAGACACACAGACAGACACACAGACAGAGACAGACAGACAGACAGGAGGAUCUGGAGGUGUGCUUGCGCCAUUACAGGACAACAUGAACUCUGCUCUCUACUCCCUUCACAUCACAUGCUGUGUUGGCUGAACAGAGGGAGGCGCGACAUCACUCUCUGUGAAAUGAGCCUGGGACAGGGUGCAGAUUUUAAACAGAAAAAAUAAAGGAUUAAACAGACUAUUAAUGACAAUGAAUAAAUAUAAUAUAUAUAUAUUGUGUGUCAUAACUUGACUCGUAACAUUGAUAUUGGGGUUCCGUAACGGUUAAAAGCUGAUAUUGCAAAUGGCAAUCAUUUAUAUCCGUUCACAAAACUGGUCUGGUGUUUCUUUUCGCUCCGUUUUUUCCAUUGUUUGGUGGUUGAUGAAUCCUCCAACAUCUCCGUCUCUUAAUGCAUGUGCUGAAUCCAGCUGAACUAGACAGAGACCUGUCCCUUGUCUGCUUGUCUCCAUGUUAAGUCCUGCGCCUACUUUGAUUAAUACACAUGAUUUGCAAAUGAAUAUGUAUAUUUGAUUUCACGCAAUGCUCCGUUGAGAAUGCAUUUUGGAACAUCUCUUCAUUGGCAGAUUUUUAUUUUCGUCGGGGAGCCAAGAUGAAACGGAACUGUUUUCAACUGUAGAAAUGGCUUGUCAGAAACGGCGUGUCCCAAGUGUGUGUGUGUAUAUGCAUUCAAACGUGCGUAUGGGUAGGCUUGCACCUUAUGUGUGGGCUGACAACCGUUGUCCCCUUGAUCUCAAAGUUGAGAUGUCUGUUUUCUCUCCGGCAUGUUUUCCUGAUGUUGCUUAUCAGAGGAUAACUAGAACAAUGCAGCCGUAUACCUCUGACAGUUAGUUCCCUGGGAAGGGAUAGGGGAAGAUGACAUUGAAAAUGUGUGUGUGUGGGGGGGGGGACACUGCCACUUAUCCAGUUUAUUGACAUUGUGGAUUUCUCAGAGGCUCACAUUUUUAUUGAUGUGUCAUACAUGGUUAUAAGUCGUCUUGUCUGAAAGCACUUUAAAAACAUCUGCCAAACUGUUUUGAUUGAAUCGCUACGAAUCCUUGAAUGAUUUAGGUUCAAAUGUGAAGAAUGGAAUGUGGAGAUCUCUAUUACAUAUGACUGAGAACUGGGUUGCCUCAGAAAGUCAGUGAAAUAUAGUCGUUGGAAUAUUGCCCUCGUUUAAGACUCCCUGUAGAUUGAGCAAUUUUGAAUAGUUCCCCAGACUUGAUUUCACCCGUAUGAUGUAAUCAAAUGCAUUAAUCUGAAAUAUGUAGCAGCGGUGAUCGUGUGUGGAGGAUUGCCAAAAAUGUUCCACCAUGAUGAUGUUAGGAUUUUUUUGUUGUUUAAGGUUUGAAAAUUGGAGUCAUGGCUGUAGAUGGGGAGAGCAGAAGCCACUGUGUUCCAGUAAUAAGGAUGGCCUUGAAAAGUUGCUUCAGUUCUUAUGUUCCUUGCAGCUGCAAACAGACCUUACGUAAGGUCAAUUGAUUGCUGUUUUUUUUCUGUACCUACAGUCAAGGGUGGCUGGGAAGGUAGUGUAUCUUCUUCAAUGUCAUCUAUAUGUAGACCUAUUACAUGUUAUACUUUGACAAAGUGUUGUACUUUUGAUUAUGAUUAUUCCCUAUCUAUCCCAUGAUGUGUUAUAUAGAGGAAUUCUGUCCCUGUUUACAAUGCUCACCCCACUGUUGUUCCUUCUGGACCAUCUGCCUUUUACAGCUGAGGUAGAGGAGAGGGAUAUGACUCAAGUGCUUGUAGCAUGUUUGGGAAAAAAACUGUAAUUGAACUAUAUAUAUAUAUAUAUAUAUAUAUAUAUAUAUUAUAAAGCUAAUUUAUGAUAUUUCCGUUGCCUUCCUGCAUCGGUAUUCCUGAUAAUUCUCUUCGGAGUGAAAUUAAUGGAGAAUCUUCCACUAUAUGUUUGAGGAUGAAUGAACAAAGACGUAUCCCUGUUGACCUCAUUAUGUAAAACAUAUUGUUCUAAUUGAUAUAUUAAAGCCUUUUUCAAUUUGC